GGCCGAGGGGAGGGAGCGUCGGCUGCGGCGAGGGGGAGGCGGCGCCUGAGCCCGGGCCGCCCCAGCGCUGGCUCCUCUCCCCGGAACAGGCCCCCGACAGCUGCUCGCGGGAGCCGCCUCCCGACACCCGAGCCCCGCCGGCGCCGCCUGCUCGCGGCUCCUGGCUCCCUCCGCCUCCCCCUCCCCUCGCCCCGCCGCCGCCGCGGAGGCCCUAGUGCGGGGAUCGCGCGCCUGGGUCUGCCAGGAAGAUCGGUGAAAGAAAUGCUGCCCCCACCGCCUUAAGCCUGUGGGAUCUGGAACUAUGGGGCCGGGGGCCCUGUCGUGUCUCCUGCUGCUGUUGCUCUUGGUGAUGACUGGAGAUGCUUCUGACAUGAAAGGACACUUUGACCCUGCCAAGUGCCGCUAUGCCCUGGGCAUGCAGGACCGGACCAUCCCAGACAGCGACAUCUCUGUUUCCAGUUCCUGGUCAGACUCCACUGCUGCCCGCCACAGCAGGCUGGAGAGCAGCGACGGGGACGGGGCCUGGUGCCCUGCGGGGCCCGUGUUUCCCAAAGAGGAGGAGUAUCUGCAGGUGGAUCUCCGACGGCUGCACCUGGUGGCUCUGGUGGGCACCCAGGGGCGCCACGCUGGGGGCCUGGGCAAGGAGUUCUCCCGUAGCUACAGGCUACGUUACUCCCGGGAUGGCCACCGCUGGAUGGACUGGAAGGACCGUUGGGGCCAGGAGGUGAUCUCAGGCAAUGAGGAUCCUGGUGGGGUGGUGCUGAAGGACCUUGGGCCCCCCAUGGUGGCCCGGCUGGUUCGCUUCUACCCACGGGCUGACCGGGUCAUGAGCGUCUGUCUGCGGGUGGAACUCUAUGGCUGCCUUUGGAGGGAGGGCCUCCUGUCUUACACAGCCCCUGUGGGGCAGACCAUGUACCUCUCUGAGGCAGUACACCUCAAUGACUCCACCUACGAUGGCUACACUGUUAGCGGUCUGCAGUAUGGUGGCCUGGGCCAGCUGGCUGAUGGUGUGGUAGGACUGGAUGACUUCAGGCAGAGCCAGGAGCUGCGGGUGUGGCCAGGCUACGACUAUGUGGGAUGGAGCAAUCACAGCUUUCCCAGCGGCUAUGUGGAGAUGGAGUUUGAGUUUGACCGGCUGAGGGCUUUCCAGGCCAUGCAGGUCCACUGCAACAAUAUGCACACGCUGGGAGCCCGUCUGCCUGCCGGGGUGGAAUGUCGCUUUCGGCGAGGCCCUGCCAUGGCCUGGGAAGGGGAGCCGGUGCGCCAGGUCCUGGGUGGCAGCCUCGGGGACCCCAGAGCCCGGGCUGUGUCUGUGCCCCUGGGUGGUCGUGUGGGGCGCUUUCUGCAGUGCCGUUUCCUCUUUGGGGGGCCGUGGUUACUCUUCAGUGAAAUCUCCUUCAUCUCUGAUGUGGUGAAUGACUCCUCCCAGGCUCUGGGAGGCACCUUCCCGCCUGCUCCCUGGUGGCCCCCGGGCCCGCCUCCCACUAACUUCAGCAGCUUGGAACUGGAGCCUCGAGGCCAGCAGCCGGUGGCCAAGGCGGAGGGGAGCCCGACGGCCAUCCUCAUCGGCUGCCUGGUGGCCAUCAUCCUGCUGCUGCUGCUCAUCAUUGCCCUGAUGCUUUGGAGGCUGCACUGGCGCCGGCUCCUGGGCAAGGCUGAGCGUCGGGUCUUAGAAGAGGAGCUGACAGUUCAUCUGUCUGUCCCGGGUGACACCAUCCUUAUCAACAACCGCCCAGGGCCUCGAGAGCCGCCCCCUUACCAGGAGCCCCGGCCUCGGGGGAACCCACCUCACUCUGCUCCCUGUGUGCCCAAUGGCUCUGCGUUGCUGCUCUCCAAUCCAGCCUACCGCCUCCUUCUGGCCACUUACGCCCGUCCCCCUCGAGGCCCGGGCCCCCCCACACCCGCCUGGGCCAAACCCACCAACACCCAGGCCUGCACUGGCCACUACAUGGAGCCCGAGAAGCCGGGCACCCCGCUUCUGCCCCCGCCUCCCCAGAACAGUGUCCCCCAUUAUGCCGAGGCUGACAUUGUUACCCUGCAGGGUGUCACUGGGGGUAACACUUAUGCUGUGCCUGCGCUGCCCCCAGGGGCAGUUGGAGAUGGACCCCCCAGAGUGGAUUUUCCUCGGUCACGGCUCCGCUUCAAGGAGAAGCUUGGCGAGGGCCAAUUUGGGGAGGUGCACCUCUGUGAGGUUGAAAACCCCCAAGACCUGGUCAGUCUCGAUUUCCCCCUUCAUGUGCGCAAGGGACACCCCUUGCUGGUGGCUGUCAAGAUCCUGCGGCCAGAUGCCACCAAGAAUGCCAGGAACGACUUCCUGAAGGAGGUGAAGAUCAUGUCCCGGCUCAAAGACCCAAACAUCAUCCGGCUGUUGGGCGUGUGUGUGCAGGAUGACCCACUGUGCAUGAUCACAGACUACAUGGAGAAUGGAGACCUGAACCAGUUCCUCAGUGCCCACCAGCUGGAGGACAAAGCGGCUGAGGGAGCCCCUGGUAGUGGGGAGGCCGCUGCUGGGCCCACCAUCAGCUACCCAAUGCUGCUGCAUGUAGCAGCCCAGAUCGCCUCUGGCAUGCGUUACCUGGCCACACUCAACUUCGUGCAUCGUGACCUGGCCACACGGAACUGCCUGGUUGGGGAAAAUUUCACCAUCAAAAUCGCCGACUUUGGCAUGAGCCGGAACCUCUACGCCGGGGACUAUUACCGCGUGCAGGGCCGGGCAGUGCUGCCCAUCCGGUGGAUGGCCUGGGAGUGCAUCCUCAUGGGCAAGUUCACGACGGCGAGUGACGUGUGGGCCUUUGGGGUGACACUGUGGGAGGUGCUGAUGCUCUGCAGGGCCCAGCCCUUCGGGCAGCUCACCGAUGAGCAAGUCAUCGAGAACGCAGGAGAGUUCUUCCGGGACCAGGGCCGGCAGGUGUACCUGGCCCGGCCGCCAGCCUGCCCGCAGAGCCUGUACGAGCUGAUGCUUCGGUGCUGGAGCCGGGAGCCUGAGCAGCGGCCGCCCUUCUCCCAGCUGCAUCGCUUUCUGGCAGAGGAUGCGCUCAACACGGCGUGAACUGCAGUGCCCAGUUGCCCCCUCCUUCGGGGAGCCAUCCAGGGAAGCCAGCAAUGUUAGAGCCAGAGGAGCCAAUGGCACCCACCCUCACCCUCAGCCGCUCAUCACCUCUGAGAGGCGAUGUGACUGCAGGUGGGCCCCUCCUUGUGGCUACCCGAUGGCUUCUGUCGCCCACCUAGCUGGCUCUGUGGAUGGGAUUCUUUCUGACCACUUCCAGCCAUGCCUGGGGGAAGGGUGGGGGCAGAUGUAGGGCAGACACUGGACAUGGCCUUCGGAGCACCUGGGCCCCACUGGACAACACUGGUGCUGGGGGGAGGCUGUGCCCCCUGGCUUCUCUCUCUUCCUGUCACACACUGGACCCCACUGGCUGAGAAUUCGGGGAGAUGGUGAGGAGGACAAGAAGGGGAAACAGAUACUCCCUUGAGCCCCAUCCUGGAAUUGUCCUCAGCUUUGACUUGUCCUCCAGCACCCCCUGCAACACUGGAACAUGGGGGUAGCCCCUGCCCUGACCCUCCGUCACCCCCACUUCCCACCCGCCAUGUUGUAGCUAGAACUUCCCUAAGUCUAUACGUUUCUGUGGAGUAAAUAUUGGGAUUAGGGGGAACAGGGAAGCAAUGGCCUGUGGCCUUGGGGUUGGACAUCUCUCUUGUAGUUGCCACAUUGGUUUUUCUAUAAUCACUUGGGGUUUGUACAUUUUGUGGGGAGAGACAGAUUUUUACACUAAUAUAUGAACCUAGCUUGAGGCAGUUGUAAUCUCCUGCACUAGGCAGGCAAUAAUAAAGGUUGAGUUUUCCACA